CUACGUUAAAUUCAUAGCAAAUAACCUCUACAAAUCCGAACUUCAACACUUACGCAUAUCAUUUCGACGAACUAUCCGCGUACCCGAUGAUGGAAAAGAAUAUGACCUUCCGCCUAACCUAGGCUCUUUCCCGCUCUUUAGGGUCCGAGAAUAUGCUUCCCGACUUCCACCUGAGAUGACGGCCAAGGGUGGCUAUGUGGAUCAACUUUCAGGCAGAUGCGCCUUUCAUGAUUAAGCUCUAUGCAGGGGGCGUCAACGUUAUUUCGGAGGAACAUUAUGCGGAAGACGCCGAUACGAAACGCAGACGCUUAGAAAUUUUGAAGGAGAAAAAGAGUCUACAAGAUUAUGUAGUCGUACCUGGACAGCGCUGGCUUGAUGGUAUCGCUACGUCACCCGGGGUCGUGAGACAGUUUGUCGCAAUGCCGAAAGGUCAAGGCUACGGCGUGGAAGCUCAACUCACUGGUAAAGAUGUCGUUGGCGGCUUGCAAUUGGAGAUUACUCCCACCAUCCCCCCUGAUCUUCCUAAACUAGAAGACGAUUUCUUCGUUAUGGUAGAUUGUCGUUAUUUCGGGAACCCUCGUUAUAUACGGAUACAUUGUUCGCAACGCACCCUUGUUUCUACUUUCAAAGUUAUACUAUCCGGACAAACAGGAUAUCCAGUGGAGGAACAGAAUUUGAUUGGAAGGGAUCUCCAGUUUAACAAUAGAAAUACAUUGAGUGACUAUAAUGUAAGAAAAGGAGAGAUUCUACAUCUACUUAACAGGGUUUUUGGCGGCGGCGCCACGGAGCCUGCGGCCGGGGGCAAAAUCACCCAGUACAUCCACGAGGAUAGGGUUAAGACCUUGUACUGGCUCAAAGAAAAGACGAUCACGAUCUUCUUACAGAUGCUGGACAGUGUCGACUUCCGACGGGCCACCGGGCUCGACCCGCCACCCUGUCCUAUCGAGGCACACCACUAUGCCGCUGCAAACCUCCCGUUCUUCACUAUCGAUGAGGAACCUAGCACUAUCGCGGGUAAAUUCGAUGGGCUCAAGAGUAUUAACGAAAUCGAUCAAAGCCGCGGGAUCGCGAAAGGCCCAGAGGAAGCGAUAAAUCCAAGAAUUAUUCCGCUCCAUCAACGCGAGGAGCGAAUUACAAUUCCGAACCGACAUGUCCUUUCGAUUCGGGACCCGGACGCGAUCAUGGAUCCGGAUGGUCCACUUCGCCCGUCUCGCACUGUUGUUGAUAUUGAGCAGGAGAUCCGGGACCUGAAGCCAUGAGAACGAGUCGAGCAGUACAGAAACCUAGCGUUAGGGGUAGUGCUGGAAAAUGUGGGGGUGGCGUUAUUAGAGGUAGAAUGACUAUCGCGAACAACUACGGCUACGUGCGUUAGAUAGACUAUGAUAAAUUGUUAAUUGAGCAUUGGAUUUACUCAUAAUAUUGUUAGGUAAAGUAGAGUAGAGCGCAUGGGGUUCGUGGGCUUUAAAGUGGUUGAAAUGUGGCCUGGAUUGCGGGAUUGUAUUAUGAUUCCAACAGAACAGGCAUACCCUAGCGAUAUCUGUCAACGAUGCCGAAGUAUUGACUAAAAGGUUACGUCAUUUUCGCUGGUUUAAUUUCAGCAUGGACCGUUAACUUAAAGUAUAUAAAGUUAGACUUUGACUUGCAGAAAGUCUAAUAUAUCGUCACUGUGAUCAUCGCGUGUCCAUAGGGCUGAAUGUUAAUUUAAUAGCUCAAUUUUGCGUCGCGUACCUGGUUACUGGUGGUGUAUUCGCGGUCU